UCCCUCACUUUGUACAGUGUAGCCUGUCUGAUCUCUGUACACCAAGUGAAUGAGGAGGCGUUUCAUUAAAUCGGCAGUGCACACAGGUACUCAAGUUAUUUGAAACUGCUGCCGGCACCAAGUUCCAGUCUGCUGAGAAGUCGGCUUGUCUCACACACACGGUGUUUGCUUAAUAGAUUACUUGCAUAACUAAGAUUUUCAUCAGGGAGGAUGGAAUUUGAACUCUCAGGAGCAACUGUGAAGUGAAAUAACAGAAAUUUGACUGCCCAGUGUGCAAUGGAUGGUGCUGGAGCAAAGGAAAAUGCCAGUAUAUCCCAGGGAGUGGAAGGACAGUCACUUGCAACUUCUCAGUCAAAUGCACUGAUGAGCGAUUUUGUUUCAGAUUGGUCUCCCUUACAUGAUGCCUCUAUCCAUGGGCAUCUUCUUGCUCUGAAGAAACUCAUUAAUCAGGGAAGCAGUGUUAACCUUAUUACAGCAGAUCAUGUGUCUCCUCUCCAUGAAGCCUGCUUAGGGGGCCAUUCUGCAUGUGCCAGUGUCCUAUUAAAACACGGGGCUCAAGUAAAUGGAGUUACUAUUGAUUGGCACACUCCUUUGUUCAAUGCCUGUGUCAGUGGCAACGUGGGCUGUUUGAAUCUAUUAUUGCAGCAUGGAGCCAGUCCACAUGCAGCAUCUGACUUGGCUUCUCCUAUCCAUGAAGCUUCUAAACGAGGACAUACUGAAUGUGUUGAAUUCCUCACAUCCAAUGGAGUAAAUAUAGACCACAACAUCAAACAUCUAGGUACUCCGCUUUAUGUGGCUUGUGAGAAUGAGCAGGUAUACUGUGCCAAGAAGUUACUUGAAUCAGGGGCAAGUGCAAAUGGUGGCAAAGGUCUGGACUCUCCUCUCCACGUAGCAGCCAGGAAUUCCAACGCUGACCUGGUGCACUUGCUGAUUGACUUUGGAGCAGAUGUGCGAGCUAAGAAUGCAGAAGGCAAAAGGCCAGUGGAGCUGGCUCCACCAAGCAGCACUUUAACACAAAUAUUUGUGCAGAAAGAAGGGCCCCUGUCCUUGAUGCAACUGUGCCGCCUAUACAUUAGGAAGUGCUUCGGACACAAACAACGUGACAAAAUAACUGGACUUCUGCUUCCGGAUGAGCUGAAACAUUUUCUCCUCCACAUUUAAACAUGUUUUGUUGAAAACCAGACCAAUAAAAAUAAGGGGGAGGGCUGAAGAGACUGCUGUGCUGCUUUGACGUUCCUUAGCAGGGAGAGAGAGUUCACAAUCCCAAGAAGCAGACAUCAGCUCUGCCUUCCCACAACACUGCACUGUGAGAUGCCUACCCACAUUGCUUUGCUAUGUCAACAGGGAAGUAGCCAUGUGGCCAUGAAAUGUCAACAAUAGGAGGCAGAAAAACUGGUUGUUGGUGACUUUUGCAUGUGAACAGCACUUUUGUCACCAAACUACCCAACGGAGACAUAACCUAAUAUUCAACCUGUUUCUCUUUUCUUAAUCACUUCCCAUUACUCCUAGUUACACUUCCUCCCCAGGUUUAAGCCCUUUCAAGUUGAAUGUAAAAGUUACGUCUGCAAGGUCACUGCAGAUGGAUUUCUUCAAAAAGGGAAGUCAGAGCAUGUGAAAGAGGACUCCUCGGAAGCUGUGAAAACAAUGCACUCUCAAGAAAAAUCACCUUGUUGUGUGACAGUACUACGUUAUUGGAAAAUGACAGGCUUGUCACAAUCCACAUGUUAAAUGAGAACAUUAACAAUACAGAAUAAUAAUUCAAACUAUUGAAUGACAAUGAUAGUGUGCUACCCUGGAGGGCAUGCAUGGAACAGCCAGAAGUGGCGUGGAAAUGCAAUACUUCAUAUUAUUGCUUUAGAAAUUUAUGGAAGGUUUAAACUGGUAUUCAACAUCUGGUAUUCUAAGAAACUCGAAGUUCCGGAGACAGCAAAGGUUGAAGAGGCAAGUUCAGUUGCAUGGAAUGUUAUGCAAUGGUUGUACAAGUUUGGAUUAAUAACUAAUGUCCUUGUUAGGAGAUGAAAACAAGUUGAAGAAAAUCCUCAAGUGUUUCCAAAGAGGCUUCACAGGUUAUAUUACAAGGUCAUAAAUUGACCAACACUAAUCUGUUGUUGCUGUGGGUGAUAUGAGAAAUGUAAUAGCACACAUGCUUUAAUGGAGCUAUAAAUGAACUAUUCAGACAUCUUUUCGUAUCGCUCUCAUACUCAGCUACAAUUACAUUUGAGCAUUUUUUUAAAAAUCUGUUCAUGCGAGUCUCAUGCCAGGUAAUCAUUUAACAUUCCAAAACAAUAAUUAAGCAUUUACUAUUGGGCUUAUCCAUGGGGCUACUGACUGGUUUAUUUGGCAGCAGUCACUCACAUGCAAGGGGAAUGCACAUCUCCCUGGGCCAUUUAACUCCUUCCCGAUACAUAAAUCUUCUGUGGUCUCUCUCUCUCUCUGUUUCUCCAUACACACACCUAAUGGCCUCUCUCUUCAGCUGGCAGAAACCAAUUAACAUUAUCUGAUGAUAUGAAACUUAGUGAAGAGAAUAUACAGUAAAAAGCAUACCAGGCACAUUAUCAGCACUGCUGCAAGUGCAUAAGUUUUCACCUUGCUAUUGGUAGUAAGAGUAAGAUUAAACAUUUAUCAAGAGACAUUUUUAUUAAUAAAAUCUCCAAACCCGCAAGAUGCAACACUUCAGCUCUGUAGGACUCAUUUGGUCAAAGACUAAAGAAUUAACACCUCUCCUAUAAAUUAUAUGAUUGCCAAGCAUAUCAGGCUUCAAAUUUAAGUUAAGACUGAAUGAUGUAUUAAAACGAACAUCUUUCUUGCUUGGAGCUAGAUCCCCAACUGCAGCUAAGCUAAAGGUUGCAGUAGGGAAUCCACUUUUCUGCCUUCCCAAACCCGGGACUGUCUUGGCCCCUGAUGUAAACAAAGCAGCCUAAAUUAAUCUCAUUAGAAGACUGCCAUAGAGAGCACAUCACCAUUCGGAGGCCAUGGGAACAGAUGCUUCAGCCUCACUCUUUAUUUAUAUUAUAUUUAGUUAUGAAUAUCAUUGGGGGAUAAUAUAGGCUAUGUCCAUGUUGCUCUUUGUUGCAGCUACUUACCUUGACACUGCCUAUGUUUUAGCAGAACCAGUCUAAUUACAGGCAGUCCCCGGGUUACAUGGAUCCGACUUACAUC